CGAGCGCGGCGGUUUGGGUAGUGUGUAUCGUUUGGAACCAGUGAGCAUCUGCUUUCCUUCCGAAACAGUCACUAGUGGGCCAAGAGGGGGGCAGAGAGAGGUCAGUCCUCGCUUCCCGCCCGCACUCGGUCUGCGAAGAGCGCCUCUCCGGUCUUAGGAAGCUUUGCGAGGACCGGAUGCGGCCACGAGGGUGGGGAGGUUACGGUGCGCCAAGACAUGGCACAUCGCCCCUUCCCUGCUGGGGCCCUGGAAAAGCGGCCCCGCAGACACAGGCUGCAGGUGGGGUACAGGCAGAGCCAACAGGUUACUCCGCGGGCUCCAGGCGCUUCUCUGCGGCGGGGGCGUGGCUUACUGGAGUGGGCGUGACUUACUGGCGUGGGCGGGCCCGCGCACGCGCCGCGUCUGGGCGUCGGGGUUCCGGAAAUGUGAGUGAGACACGAGAUGGAGAAGUACGAGCGGAUCCGAGUGGUGGGAAGAGGUGCCUUCGGGAUUGUGCACCUGUGCCUGCGCAAGGCGGACCAGAAGCUGGUGAUCAUCAAGCAGAUCCCCGUGGAGCAGAUGACCAAGGAAGAGCGGCAGGCAGCCCAAAAUGAGUGUCAGGUCCUUAAGCUGCUCAACCAUCCCAAUGUCAUUGAGUACUAUGAGAACUUCCUGGAGGACAAGGCCCUCAUGAUUGCCAUGGAGUACGCACCAGGCGGCACCCUGGCUGAGUUCAUCCAAAAGCGCUGUAAUUCCCUGCUGGAGGAGGAGACCAUCCUGCACUUCUUUGUGCAGAUCCUGCUGGCACUGCAUCAUGUGCACACCCAUCUCAUCUUGCACCGGGACCUCAAGACCCAAAACAUCCUUCUUGACAAACAUCGCAUGGUCGUCAAGAUUGGCGACUUUGGCAUCUCCAAGAUCCUUAGCAGCAAGAGCAAGGCCUACACGGUGGUGGGUACACCAUGCUACAUUUCCCCUGAACUGUGUGAAGGCAAGCCCUACAACCAGAAGAGCGACAUCUGGGCCCUGGGCUGCGUCCUCUAUGAGCUGGCCAGCCUCAAGAGGGCCUUUGAGGCUGCGAACCUGCCAGCGCUGGUGCUGAAGAUCAUGAGCGGCACCUUUGCACCCAUCUCUGACCGGUACAGCCCUGAGCUGCGCCAGCUGGUCCUGAGUCUGCUCAGCCUGGAGCCAGCACAGCGGCCGCCGCUUAGCCACAUCAUGGCGCAGCCCCUCUGCAUGCGUGCCCUCCUCAACCUGCACACGGACUUGGGCAGCGUCCGAAUGCGGAGGGCAGAGAAAUCCCUGGCCACUGGGCCACCCAUAGCCCCAGGCAGCACAGGGAGCAGGACCACCAGUGCCCGCUGCAGGGGCGUCCCCCGGGGACCUGCACGGCCAGCCAUUCCACCACCUCUGUCAUCCGUGUACACAUGGGGCGGGGGGCUCAGUGCUCCUCUGCGGCUGCCAAUGCUCAACACAGAGGUGGUUCAGGUGGCCACCGGGCGCACACAGAAGGCUGGCGUCACACGCUCUGGGCGCCUCAUCCUGUGGGAGGCCCCACCCCUAGGUGGCGGAGGGGGCGCCCUCCUUCCUGGGGCAGUGGAGCAGCAGCAGCCCCAGUUCAUCUCCCGUUUCCUGGAGGGCCAGUCAGGUGUGACCAUCAAGCAUGUGGCCUGCGGGGACCUCUUCACAGCUUGCCUGACUGACCGAGGUAUCAUCAUGACCUUUGGCAGCGGCAGCAAUGGGUGCCUAGGCCAUGGCAGCCUCAAUGACAUCAGCCAGCCCACCAUCGUGGAGGCGCUGCUGGGUUAUGAGAUGGUGCAGGUGGCCUGUGGGGCCUCUCAUGUGCUGGCUCUGUCCACUGAGCGAGAACUGUUUGCCUGGGGCCGCGGAGAUGGUGGCCGGCUGGGACUAGGCACCAGGGAGUCCUACAACUGCCCCCAGCAGGUGCCGAUGCCCCCAGGACAGGAAGCCCAGCGGGUUGUAUGUGGCAUUGACUCCUCCAUGAUCCUCACUGUGCCUGGCCGAGUCCUGGCCUGCGGGAGCAACAGGUUCAACAAGUUGGGCCUGGACCACCUCUCCCUGGGGGAGGAGCCUGCCCCCCACCAGCAAGUGGAGGAGGUGCUGAGCUUCACACCACUGUGCUCUGCACCCCUGGACCAGGAGACCCUGCUGAGUGUGGACCUAGGUACUGCUCAUUCAGCUGCUGUGACUGCCUCUGGGGACUGCUAUACUUUCGGCAGCAAUCAGCACGGUCAAUUGGGUACCAAUGCUCGCAGGGUCAGCCGGGCACCUUGUCAAGUGCAAGGCCUCCAGGGCAUCAAGAUAGCAAUGGUGGCCUGUGGGGAUGCCUUCACUGUAGCCAUUGGGGCAGAAGGUGAGGUAUACUCUUGGGGCAAAGGGGCCCGAGGUCGACUUGGAAGGAGGGACGAGGAUGCUGGACUCCCUCGUCCAGUGCAGCUAGAUGAGACACAUCCCUACACAGUGACUUCUGUGUCCUGUUGCCAUGGAAACACUCUCCUGGCUGUACGCCUCAAUGCCCUCAGGGCCCAGCUUGCCUUGAGUUGGAAGCCAGAUCUAACCCUUGGAAGCAGGGUGGUCUUCAGAGACUUGACAGGAAAAGGCUGGAGGUGGGUGUGGCUCCACCCAGACCCUGCUCCUCCUCCAGCCUGGUUAGAAAAUGCAUCGCUGGUGCCCAGUGGGACAGCAGCUCAGUGCUUUGGAGCAGGUCAAGGUGGAGCCUGCCUCGAGGGCCAUUCCAGUGGUCAUUCCAGCGGCCUAGCCUGUGCAUUGCCUGGGGCAGGGAGGUCUGGGGGAGCGGCUCUCACCCCGCCCCCCACCCUCUGCCAUUCCUCCGAAACAGGUUGGGGGAAAGGUAACUGGCUGGACCAGACCAGUUUCCAGAUGACUGGAAGCAGUGCCAAUAAAAACAUCAGCUGCCUGCCUGCCUAGAGUGUGGUCUCUUCAGGAGGGGGCGUGGCUGCCCAACACCCCACGGUUGGGCUGGGCCCCCGAUCUCGGCGGCAGGGCCGGCUCAGGUCAAGGAAGGAAUGUGGGCGCAGCCGAAGACUGGGCCGAGUUUCCUCUGGCCCAGCGCCAGCCCUGCCUCCCCUCCCCAGCCGGGCUCCCAAGAGCCGGUUGCCAGGCUUCGGCUGCCUGGCACCGGGAGGCUGCAGUCCCGGGCUCCUGGUUGACACGUGGCCCCCGGGACUGAGCUGUACCCUCGGGAGAAGCAAACCUUUGUGGCGCAGCCCGGCCCGUACCCCGCG